AUGGAGCUCUUCGCCGACGUCGUCACGAAGACCGAUGAGAACUUUUGCGCCCUAUGCACCAACGAGAAGGACGUCGGCAAAUCUGGCAAGCCCCUCCACCACAAAGGGUCAUCCUUCCAUCUCGAUCUACAACGCCAAGUUUACCGACGAGAACAUCAUGAGAAAGCACAUCGGGACCUGUCAAUGGCGAAGGCUGUUCCGGGGACAAAUGACACGUACUUUUUCAUCUGCACGACAAGGACGAAGUGGCUUGACAACAAGCACGUGGUGUUCGGGCAGGUGGUGGAGGAGUACGACAUAUUGAAGGCGGUGGAGAAUGUCGGGUCGGGGAGCCACCGGACCUCGAGACGGGUGGUGAUCACCGACUGCAACCAACUCCAAAUCUGA